CAGCCUUCCUGAGUUGGCACCUUCCUUCUGGAGAACUUCUCAGAGAUGGAGCUGUCAUUGGGCCAAGUUCACUUCUCAGGGGCAUUCCUGCUGCUGCUGGUGUCAAACCUGCUCCUGUGGGAGAACGUGGCCUCGGUUCCCGAGUGUUACAGCCACGAUGGUCACUGUGUGGUAUCCACUGCGGAAAUGUUUGAGCGUGCCAUCAAGCAGGCCGAAACUUUCCGUAGCCUUGCUGCAGACAUGUACGAAGAAUUUACCAAAAGGUAUAUGAAAUUGUUGAUCAAAUUCAUGGACUCGUGGACCAACCCUCUGUUUCAUUUUGUGACUGAACUGGAACACAUGAAAGCCCCUCAGGCUAUCCUCUCAAAAGCCAAAAGUAUGAAAGAAAGCAGCAAGGACCUCGUGGCUGACAUGAAGUGGAUAAUGAGCAAGGUUCAUCCUGAUGCACAAAUGAAAGAGAACUACCCCGCCUGGCCUGAACUUUCCUCUCUGUUGGGAAAGAAUAAAGAGGGUCAAUAUCUGGCAGUUUUCAACCUGGUCAGCUGCCUGCGUGGUGAUUCAGGGAAGACUGUAAGCCAUCUCAAGUUUCUGAAGUGCCGGGUAACCACGAACAAAGAUUGCUAAGUGCGCACCCCUCCCACCUUCAGCAGAGACAGUCCUUGGUGAUUCGUGGCUGAGAAAUUUCUUAAUGUUAUCCCUUUUGAAUGCAUGCAUGGGUAUAAUUGGUCUCUUCUUAGAAAAUAA